CAUCAUGUCGUCUUCCUCCUUGCCUCGACAGGAGAUGGUCCAGUCGGCCGUCUCCUUCCUAUCCGAUCCCAAGGUCCACUCAUCGUCGGUCGCACAGCGGAUUGCUUUCCUCGAGUCGAAAGGGCUAAGCUCACAGGAAAUCGAUGAAGCACUGAGGCAAGUUGGACUUGGCGGUGGUGGUGGUGGAGGAGAAGCGAAUAGAGGGCCCGCAAACUACAGUCAGCAAAGGUCGCCGUAUGGAUCUGUUCAGCAACACUAUCCUCAAUAUGCACAGCAGCCAGUGGCCUCGCGAGAUUGGAGGGAUUGGUUCAUCAUGGCAGUGGUCUCUGGAGCUGUGGGAUAUGGUGUGAUCGCAUUGGCAAGGAAAUACCUCUUUCCCCACCUGCAACCGCCUAACCAGACGAUCCUUGAGUCGGACCGUGAUGCACUGACCGCAAAGUACGAUGAAGUGGCAGCUACACUGGCUCAACUCGACCAAGAUACACGAUCGGUCAAGAUGGGUCUGGAGCAACAAAAGGCAGCUGUGGAUGGAGAAUUGCAGAAGGUCGAGGAGGCCCUGGAAGACGUACGGCGUGGGGAGCGGACCCGUAAGGAGGAGAUGGAUAAGAUUGUCAGAGAGGUUGAGUCUCUGAAACGUGACAUGCCCAAGUUGUUCGAAAGCUCUUCUGCAUCGACGACUACUUCUCUGACCGAGCUGCAGAGCGAACUGAAGUCGCUUCGCUCCCUGCUAGUCUCUCGAACAUCGAUUGCCAACGGCGAUGCCGCAAAUCCCACGCCGCGCUUCGGAUCGCCUCGUCCCGGAGGUUCAUCGCCUCCUCUGCCCGGAGGCAAGCCGGCUAUCCCUGCAUGGCAGCUGGCCGGGGAGACUGCAUCGAAGACGAGUGAUGAGCCGAACGGCACAAGUGCGAAGGAGGCUGGAAAGGAGCACAGUGGGGAGGAAAAGACAGGGGCCUAUACCGUGUAGGACUGGCAGGCAGGUGAUCAGUCUGCCGAAUGUGUCCGUUGCGGCUGGGUGGACGUUGUUCGUUCUGUGACGCUCAAGUGUUAUCGUUUGGAAUCCUUUUGCCCUUUUGCUGUUGUGACGCAACUCGCAGAGGAGAAGCAUCUCUGUCCAGGUCACACGCGUCCGUUAAUCAAUUUGUCCCUUUUGGC